GGAGGGCGGGCAGUCCGUCCGUCAGCUGAGCGGGGCCGCUGCUGCUAUGGGCGCGCCGUGAGGGCUGCUUCGGAGAUGUCCAGCAAGUUGAAAGGCCGUCCUGCUGAAAAUGAAGAGCAUUCCAAAAGUAAAAUGGAAAACGGAGUGGACGGCACGGCUGUCCCAGCCCUUAACACCUACACUCCCGAAGAGAUGGUGCAGCAGAUGAAAGAACUAAUCACUGAGAACAAUGAGUUAAAAGAAGCCAUGAAGUUGCACAACCAAGCUAUGAAGGACCGAUAUGAGGAACUUUCCACCUGGAGAGAGAAGCAGAAAGAAGAACGAGAAUUUUAUGAAUUAAAGUUUAAGGAGGCUAAGCAGUGCUUGCAGGCCAAGUGCAUUGAAAAUGAACAGCUUCAGCAGCAACUUCAGAGCUUAAAGGAAAGAGAAGAAGGAGCUGAAAUGGAGGGCAGCAUGGCUCCCGAGAAGGAAGUGAGGCAGCUGAAGUCCCAGGUGCAGCGGCUCCAGGCUGAGAAGGCAGAUCUGCUUGCCAUCAUUUCAGAGCUGCAAGUCAAGUUGAACAUCUCAGCAGAGGAUUCCUUUGUGGAGAUUGGGAUGAAUGAAGGGGAAAUAAAUAGAACUGCAAAUGAACAUCAAGAGAAUAGUGGUGAAAUGCCCAGUAAUGUUGCUGUCUACAUCAGGAGCAAAUCUGCAGAUGAAUCUAAGAAUUUGGAGUCUGAGGAGCUAACUGUGAGCCAGCUGCUCUGCUGCCUUAGAAAUGAAACUCAGAAGAGGGAAAAACUCGAGAAGGAGCUGCAGGAUCACAAAGAGAGACUGUCAAAGCUGGAGAAGGAGACCAGAAUCUGCCUGGAGAGCGGGACACAAACUGAACAGGAAGAAGAGAGUUUAGAAGCUGUUGGCAGUGAAGUAGAAGCCCUGAAUCUGCAAGUUUGUGCUCUGUUUAAAGAGCUUCAGGAAGCCCAUGGGAAGUUAAAAGAAGCAGAAUUGAUUCAGAAGAAACUUCAAGAAAAGUGCCAGGGACUGGAAAGAAAAAGCUUGGCUGCUGCAUCAGAAUUGGAGGAGAAGCAGCAGCUAAUAUACACCAUCAAAAAGCUGGAACUUCAGGUGGAGAGCAUGCAGGCAGAGGUCAAGCUGGAACAAGCCAAGACACAUGAAGAAAAGACAAGAUACAAUAACCUCCAGGAUUCAUAUAGCAAACUCCUUCCAGAACUCACUGAGGCAAUGAAAAAAAUUGAUGAAAUGAAACUCAAAGAGCUGGACAGAGUAGAUAAAGCUGUGGUGGAACAACUGACAGCAAAGGUGGAGUUGGCAGAACAAGCCCUUGCUGCAAAACAGCUCCAGAUAGAUGAAAUGAAGCAGUUAAUUGCUAAGCAGGAGGAGGAUCUUGAAACUAUGUCUGUGCUCCGUGCUCAGAUGGAGGUUUAUUGUUCUGAUUUCCAUGCUGAGAGGGCAGCAAGAGAGAAGAUCCAUGAGGAGAAGGAGCAGUUGGCUGUUCAGCUGGCAUACCUGCUAAAAGAGCAGCAAAACCUUGAAGAUCUUGGCCGAACCUCUCUGGCAGAGAUGCAGAGUCGCCAUGGAGCCAGGAUGCCAGAUAGGGAGCACUCACCUCACCUUGUCCAAAGAGGAACUAAUAGUCAAGAUUGGCCAGAGCAGCGGAAUAUUUCAAUUUAUUCAUGUCCUAAAUGUGAAGAAAUUCUACCUGAUUUGGACACACUGCAGAUUCACGUUAUGGACUGCAUUAAUUGAGUGAUGCCCUCCAGUUCUUUAUCUUCUGGCAUUUCAGCCACCAAACACUUUGAGGGUUUUGCCUUCUUGCUCAAAUAAUGCUCAGCUCUUAUGUCCUAUGAAGGAGGUUUUCAGGGGUUUGCUUAUUUAUUCAGUGGGAAAAGAGUAAAACUCUUCCCCUGCCCUGUAGCCACUAAUCUUGCAAUCUGCUUUAGGGAAGACGUUUUCAUAGAUUAACAACAUGGAUGUUCUACAGAAUUCAGUGUGUGUCUGAUGCUUAUGAAACCUUUCAGGAACAUUCCCCUGAAGUGCUCUGCUCUACGGCUACUCUGCAGAAUGGGGCUGAAUCACUGAAGUUGGAGGAGAGAUAUUUGCUGAUCGAAUAUAUAUAUAUAUAUAAAAUAUAUGUGAGCCUGUAAAUACUUCGUCUGUUAUAUACUAUAUACCAGGAAAGUAAUACAUGAAAAAAGCUAUUCAGCAAAAAAGAAUAGUGCUGUAUUCAUCAAGCAUUUGAAGUGAAUCCUGCUCUUUCUCCAGAUGGCCAUUUCAUUGCUGCCCUUGUGACCAUACUAAUCUGAUGUUAAAUUUUUGAUGGCUUAUGUAACUUCUUGCUUUAGCCAGAUGAGGGUAAGGUUUAAAAUUGAUCAGCUAGGUCUGAUACAUGUAGCUCCUGGUGUACUCAAGUCACUUGGUUUUAUAGAACUGUUAAUUUUUAUGAUGUUGUCUUAAUUUUUCUUUAUUCUAAUAAUUUGAACUUGUACAGUAUUGUGGUAGAACGCUCUGAGAUGGAUGUAACCUAAUUUAAAAAGACUAUAGUGGAUUUUCAUCAAAAUAAAUCUAUUGCAGUUAUAAAUUUA